CCAUAUGAUUCCAAUAAACACUAAAAACACACCAUCAACAUCUAAAGAUUCUAAUCGGGUUUAUUAUUUUUCUCUAAUUGAACAUAUUCAACGUAUGUUAAAAAACCCGUCUAUUAGUUCUCAUUUAUAUUUUGGGCCGGGCAUUUUGUCAAAAUCUUGUGAAGAAUUAUGGGAAGGAGAUCUCUGGGCCGAAUCCCCUCUUUUUGGCCAAUCUAAUUUAAUUACGAUGCAAGGCUCAUUCAAUUGCGGAGAUUUCGUUAAAUACUAUUCAGUUACUAAAACUGUUGAAGUCGGCCGAAUUAGAUCUUUUGUUAUUGUGGAUAAAAAAGUGAUGACCCGGAUACAGCGUUUAUUUUCAUACGAUCAAAUUCCACAAUAUCUACAUUCAAAAAAAAAUAUUCCAUGCUCACCAAAAGAACGAUAUUUAGUUGAGGAAUCAGAACUUUUUAUUAUUGAUCCGUCAUCAUUAAUUUGCUAUCUUAACGUUUGGCUCCAGGACCAACCUGCCCCGCCUAUAGUUGAUUUUUUUGUUACUAAAAUAUUAUAUUAUUAUAAUGGGCGGUGGAAGUUUCGACCAAUAAAGCUACGUCAUCAACACCCAUCUGAGCGUAUAUCUGUCAAACCACCAGCAGAUUUAAAUAUGCCAAUUUUUAAGUUUUACUUAGAUUUAUAUUAUGACGAUUUUGGCACAUUCCGCAAUACUUAUCAUUCUUUAGGUGGCGUUUACUUGCAGAUUGGUAAUAUGCCCCGGCAAUUAAGGAAACAAUUACGUAAUCAUUUUAUAAUUGGAUUGGUGCCAUUUGGUGGAAAUCUUAAAGAUUUUAUAAAAAUUUUUAUUAAAGAGGUUCAUCAACUUGAGCAAGGGUUUGUAAUGAAUGUAAAUGGUGUAGAUUGUUGGAUUUCAGGUGGAUUAGCUAUGGUUACAGCAGAUUUGCCUCAGGGGAAUGACAUUGCGGGUGUAUUACGUCAUAAUGCUAAUCUUGGAUGUCGUAGUUGUAAAGCUUCCAAAAAUGAAUUAACAAACAUUUCAUUUGAUAUUUAUUCUAAUGGCCGGUAUCACCAAAUAACCAAUCAAGAAUUUGAAAUUAUAAAUGCACAACAAACAAAAUCAGCACGAUUACAAACCUGUUCACAAUAUGGAUUGCGACCAUCACCAGGCCCCUAG